AAAUGGCGCGAAACCCGAACUGAAGAGGUUGUCAUUUUUACGGACGUCUACGGGCGGUCUACCUCUAGAAUGGAUAGCCCUGGGAGGAAGUACACCAUCAGUGGUGUAAAUGUACAGUUUCCCUGCAAUGCCUACCCAACACAGAUAGCCAUGAUGGCUAAGAUUUUACAAGGAUUGGAACGGGAACAGAACUGCCUCCUGGAGAGUCCGACAGGGAGUGGAAAAAGUCUGGCUCUACUCUGCUCCUGUCUGGCCUGGCAAGCUGCUGAAUACGAAAAACUGAGGCUAGAGGAGGAAGAGGAGGAGACUUGUGGCAAGAAAGAGGAAGAACACUGUGGGUGCUCCUGUCAUAGUGGGCUUCAGACUGGGGCAAGCAACAAUCCAGAGGAACAGUCUACAUCCAAGUACUUCCCUACUGUCUCUGACCCACCAGCUGUAGUCCAGUCACCUGUUCAGUUGGACCAUGACUAUACAUGUACAGCUGGUGCCAGGCCAUCCAUAAGUCCAAAUGAAGAUGACUUCCAGCCUGCCAAGAAGAAGUUCAGAACACCUGGAGGGGGCAUGCAGUCCAGCCGAGUGAGAGGAAUUGUGUAUGAGGAUGAUGGAGCGACUCCCAACACCCCUCCCACCCCUGCACAGUGGAAGAUGGAACUUACCAACAACACCUCGACCAAUCAGGUGCCCUGUACUUGCAACUGCGGGAAUAAAGGGGAGGAGAGGAAAGAAGAAACUGAAGAAAGACCUAGGAGGAAGAAAAGGGCCCCUAAGAUUUUCUUUGGUACCAGGACUCACAAACAGAUAGCCCAGAUUACACGGGAGCUGGGCAAGACUGCUUACAAGGGAACCAGGAUGACGAUCCUGUCCAGUCGAGAACACACCUGUAUCAACUCCAGUAUCCGGGGCAACAAGAACGAUGGAUGUAGGGAGCUGCUGGACCAUAAAGCUUGUUCGUUUCACCACAAUGUUGUGAGGAUGGCCAACCAGGCCCAGAUCCAGUACAAGGGGCUGUAUGCAUGGGACAUAGAAGAACUGGUCAAACUGGGCAAGAAGAUAAAGUCCUGUCCCUACUAUGCAGCCCGUGAACUGAUGUUAGAAGCUGACAUCGUCUUCUGUCCAUACAACUACCUGGUCGACCCUGUCAUCAGGGAAAAUAUGCAGAUCUCCCUGAAGAACAAUAUAAUAGUGCUGGACGAGGCUCACAACAUUGAAGACUCCGCCCGAGAGGCUGCUAGUUUCUCCAUGACAGAGGACCAGCUGGAUGCUACCAUGACUGAACUGGAAAACUUGGUACUACACAAUGUGAAAAUGGAUGACCACAGAGCCCUCCACAUUGUGUGUGGCAGCUUUAAGAAGUGGAUCAAGGACAGCUCCUCACUGCUGAAGGAUCGUGACUAUGAACGUCAGACUAAGGUGCAGACUGGGAUGGACAUGGUGGCAGUACUCAACUCCAUGGGUAUUAACCCUGACACCUUUGGACUGCUGAAGAAAAAUCUGAGUGCAGUGACUGACCCUGAGAACAAACCAGAACAGAAGAAGGGUCAGGAGCAGCAGCAGAUGUGGCUGGGGUCUGCCUCGGCACAGAUGCUGAAGGGCAUGUUCUUUGUCCUGGGCUUUCUCUUUAAACAGGGCAUGAAGUUUGCUGAAGACUACAGAGUGGUGAUUGAAAGAACUGUUGAAUACUCCAACAGACCAGAACACUUUCCCAAUGGGUAUGUCCGUAUGAAGAAGGGGCGAGGGAUGGACAAGACUUUCUCUCACCACCUGCACUUCUGGUGCCUCAACCCUGCAGUGGCCUUCAGUGAGCUUGCCAACUGCCGAGCCAUUGUCCUGUCCUCGGGAACCCUGUCACCGAUAGACUCCUUCCAGUCAGAGCUGGGUGUUCCCUUUCCUAUCCAGCUGGAGGCCAACCAUGUGGUCGGCAAGAAACAGGUUUGGGUAGGAACUGUAGGAGCUGGUCCACGGGGCAGGAAGUUGAUGGCCACCUAUCAACACACUGAGACGUAUGAAUUUCAGGAUGAACUGGGCCAGCUUGUACUGCAAGUGUGCCAGACCAUAUCCCACGGAGUCCUGUGUUUCCUUCCAUCAUACAAGCUACUGGGGAAGCUGUGUCAGAGGUGGCAGAUGACCAGACUGUGGGAACAGAUAGAAGAGCACAAACAGGUCAUCAGGGAACCACAAGGUGGAGACAAGGCUGACUUUGAUGACAUCCUCAGGCAGUUCUAUGAUGCCAUCAAGUGUAGUGAGGACACAGAGAACGGUGGCGGACACGGCGGCGCCCUGUUCCUGGCAGUGUGCCGUGGGAAAGUCAGCGAGGGGCUGGACUUCGCCGACAACAACGCCAGAGCUGUCAUCACGGUUGGCAUCCCCUACCCAAACUUCAAGGACCUUCAGGUUGAGCUGAAGCAAAACUACAACAACCAGCACAGCGGUGCACGUGGCCUGCUGACAGGCAGACAGUGGUACGAGAUCCAGGCCUACAGGGCUCUCAACCAGGCACUGGGACGCUGCAUACGCCACAAACAAGACUGGGGAGCCUUGAUUCUUGUGGACGACAGGUUUUCCAGAGGACAAGGAAGAUACACAAAAGGCCUGUCUAAGUGGGUGAGACAGAGGGUACAGCACUUUAAUGCAUUUGGAAGUGUGGUGUCCUCCCUGACAGAAUUCUCCACACAGAUGACAGAAGGAAGUGCCACCUCUCUUGAUGAUAGUGUUGCCAUGCCGACCGGGAUGACCCCACAGGCGUCUCCCCAUCCCUCCCAUCACUCCUUUCUGGACACCAGUGUCUCCACACCAGACCCAAGCAGUAUGUAUCCACAGCCUGCAAAACUGAACGCUUUUCAGCACCUGAUGGGGCAAUCUCCCGUACUGGACCAAACCAAGAGGCAAGGGGACACAACUCCGGCAGUCAACAAGUAUGAACCCCAAGGAUUCAUCCCCAGUACUCCUAGCAAUGUCACUGAUCCAGGAGAUCAAGAAAAAAACAUCUCGCAAGAUGUGUCACUUAGUGAUAGAAAGGCUUCGUCAAUCUCCAAAGGAAAGCUGAAGGCUCUAUUCAAGAAGAAUGUGCAGCAGAAAGCUGUCACUGAUUCAGUGCCUGAGGCGAGCAUGGGGGUGGCUCAUCAGGUCAAGGGUGAAAGUUCAGAGGUGAAAGGUGAUGGGUUCAUGACCCCCGGAGGUGACAUCAACAGGUGUGACAAGAGGACAUUAGGUGCUAUACCAACGCCGAAAGGUAGGCUGACAUUUGAAGAGGACAACGGUCCUACAGACACUAAGGAAAAUGUAAUGAACCAAGGGCAAAGGUCAGCUAAAGGUGAAGUUGAGAGCAAUGGUCAUGGUUCUAAAAGGUUUUCCAUGGCUUCCAAGUUAGCACAGUUUGCCUACAAGUCCAAAGAGGACAGCAACGCAGCGACAGAGGAUGCUGAGAUUGCAGGACUGUUGACCAAAUCUUGCAAGAAAGAAAAGGAAGAAAACCCACAAGACCAAAGCGAAACGAAGGACAGUCUCAAUCAUUCCUUCCAAGACGGAGCAAACCAAUCAUCUGGACCGAGUGAUGCAAAAGUCAACUCUCUCUUUAAGUUCGUUAACAUCGGCCCCUUGACGACACCUGUCCAUAGUGGCAGCACAGUAGAGCUGAGAAGCGGAAUGUCAACUCCACCGUUACAGGAAACAUCUGCAGCUGACAUGGACUUCACACCUCCUCUGUUUGACUCAGAACCUACCACUGAGCAAAACACCUCAGAGUCUAUCGUCGAGAAUGCCCUCCCACAAAAAGGAAGCUUGAACGACAACGAUGAAAAUGAAUGUAAAGAAGAUAACCCGCCACUAUCAUCUACGAGACGGAGGAAGAGACAGCUCAGCUCCAGUGCAAAGAAGUCCACUGAGAAGAGAAGGAAUUCUGGGAGUGAGAAGAAACCAGCGGCAGGAAAGCAGUCCAACAAGAAGAAACUUUUUAAGACAUCGCAAGACGAAAAUGAGGGACAAGUCCUAGAGGAAAGUCAACCAGCACUGAAGAUCCGUCGCUCCUUCAGAUCCAGAAGAAAGGCCAACUGUCCUGUCCUGUCAGAAGACUACACCGGGGACUUCCUUGAUGACUUGACGACUCAGAGCAAGGGAGGGAAGCAGGCUCAGGGUCCAUGCAGACCUGGACUCCACUGUACCAUGUGUGGUACAGAACUGGUCAGCUCUGUAGAAGAUAUCCAUGUAGAAAAAGAAACAUCUACCUACAUCCAACAAGAAUCCAGGACUCUUUCUAACCUGAGGAGGAGACAGAGUGAAGGAAUGAAGUGCCAGUGUAAUGCUCCGCUGAUGAAGGAGGGAAGGUCCCACCCUACACAUGAAGGGAUGGUCCUGAUAGACAGGGCAAGACUGGAAGGGAAAGUCCAGCCCAUGUCACCACAGAAGUCAGCCAAAGGACCACAUGUAAACAGUUUUCUGAGUGAGGAGGACCAGUGCUUGUACGUCCCUGUGGUGUGUGCUGGGUGUAAGACAAAGUCUUCAACAGAUAAAACCAUUCUGGGCUUCAACAUCAUUUCCCUGGGCAAUGGAAAGCCUACAACUAAGGGAUGGCUUUACUACAAGGCCCUCUGGCACUGUCCACAUCUUAAACUCACAGAAUAAGGACCACAACUGAGCAGAGCAAGACUUUAGUCUUCUGUAAGAAGUACUUAUAUAUAAGAAUAUACUUAAGAGCUACAAUAUUUGAUGGUAGACCCAAAAAUACACACCCUUAGACAGCAUUGAAGAUAGCACUAGUUUAUUCUUUAUGAUCAACAUUUCAGAGUUAUGAAAUAACUACUAUGUGCAUGAAAACACAUUGAACAAAUUCUUAAGGGCACAUAGCAAGCUUUUUAAUUUACAGUAUUAAUUUGCACACAGAGAACAGUAGUGCAGAUUUGACUGUCAUUGCUAUCACUUUGUAAUGAUGAUAUCAACAAUACUAUAUUUCGUAAAAGAAUCGCUACUGAGUAUGGGGUGAAGGUAUUGUACAUUGUUGUUGCAAUUUUUUUCCUAUACUAUAACAAUUUCCCCAAAACACAGUGUUUCU